GUAGGAAGCGCGGCAGGAAGGGAGGAGAAAAUGAACCCAGGCUUUCUCGCAACACUCGUUCUCUUUCAAGAACAUAUUUUAAGCAUACUAGCAACUUGCUACACAUAAAAUUACAACGUUUAUAUACUUUUUUAAAUGGUUAAACUUUUAAAUUAGUCCCGAACGAUUCGGAUUUCCCUGCUGAAUCAGUAAUGUGUGAAUGAAAGAAAAGUGAAACGCAUGGAGUGCUGGAGCCCACUGCACAGAAGAGAAAGAGUCACUAGUGUCUUAAAGUCAAUGGAGCGCUUCUGGAGGACGUGCACUCAUUUAUCUGUUAGAAAGACUGCUCUGAAGAUGAGUAAGUGAGUUACUGUUCCUCUUACUGUUCCGGAAAUAAAAAGGCAAAGAGGGGUUCCGUCCGACAUAACCUGAAAAUCAGAAUCACAAUGUCAUCUGAGGAAGAGGAGGCAUCAAACAGUAACAGUGGGCAAUCAGAAAGCAAGCUGAAGAGCAAGAAGCCACCCAGUCUGAUGAUUGCAAUUCCCAAACCUGAGUCUGACAAAAAGUCCCUGCGGCCAUCUUUAAAGAAGAGUGUGAGUCUACAGCAGUCAAGUGAAGUAUUAUCGGACAGCAGUCCAUCUACAAGGGACAGAAGAACGCUCAGGAGGCAAACGUCACUCUCUCAGAGCAUACGCAGGGGUACAGCUCAGUGGUUUGGAGUGGGCAGUGGUGGUGAAUCCAAGCAGCAGGAAUGGCACAGGAAGAGCCUCCGGCACUGCAGUCAGAGAUAUGGCAAACUGAAGCCCCAGUAUUGUGAGCAGAAUGAGGCAGCCAGCCUGGACUAUGGCCCGGAGUCACCUGUGGCCCCCAGAAUGCCAAAGAUUGUGGAUCCUUUGGCUCGUGGGCGGCAGUUCCGUUAUGAAGAGUCUGAGCCACCGCGGACACCCCAUACAGCAUAUUCUCCUUGGACCCCAGGUGUGACCUCUCUCUGCUCAUUCACCAGCCAGCGCUCGGGUUACACACGCUUGCCGAGGAGAAAAAGAGAAUCUGUGGCUCGUAUGAGCCUCCGUGCUGCGUCCAACCUUCUUAAGGGUCGACAGGGUCUACAGGGCACUCAAACUGGACGUGGAUUUCAGAGGAGGAGUUUUGCUCGGCACAGCUGGCUCGAGGAAGACACUGUGGAUACAGUGGACACCUCUGAUUUAGUUUUUUUUAGCAAAGUUGAUGUUCAUGAGGAGCUUUAUUCUAUGGCAGAUGAUGUUUUUGAGUCACCUCCUUUAUCAGCUUCUUGUCCUGUGGCAAAUGUUUCUUUGGGCGAGGGAAUAUUAUUCCCCAGCUUAGGAAAAAAGAAUAUCCCCAAAACUGUGACAUCCUCUAGGAAAGCCUCUUCUCAUCGUGGCGGUCGAAUUGCCUCCAAAGUGAAGCACUUUGCGUUUGAUAAGCAGAAGCGUCAGUAUGGGAUGGGUGUGGUGGGGAAGUGGCUGAACCGACACUAUAGAGGCAGCCUCAGCAGCCAAGUACAGAAACAACUAGAAGAUUUUCACAGUCAUCGGCCAUAUUUUACCUACUGGAUCACCUUUGUGCAUAUUGUCAUAACACUGCUGGCCUGCAUUACAUAUGGAUUUGCUCCUGUGGGCUUUGCCCAGCAUACCACUACUCAGCUGGUACUGAGAAACAAAGGAAUUUAUGAGAGUGUAAAGCAUGUGCAGCAGGAGAACUUCUGGAUUGGUCCUUGCUCUGAGGAUCUAAUCCACUUGGGAGCAAAGUUCUCCCCAUGCAUCAGACGAGACAGUCAAAUAGUGAAGCUAGCACAGCAGACCAAAGAUCUAGAGAGAGAGUCCGGCUGCUGUGUACAGAACGAUGGAUCUGGAUGUGUGCAGACCCAGAAUGACGACUGCUCGGAGACUUUAGCAACAUUUAUAAAAUGGAAUGCAGACAUGCCGAGAUCUUCAGGUGCAGUCUGUCAUCAGGACCCAAGAACUUGUGAGGAGCCAGCCUCAUCAGGACCCCAUGUUUGGCCUGAUGACAUUGCAGAGUGGCCGAUUUGUACAUACCCUAAAACAUGGAACCACACAGGAUACAAACACAUGGACUGCACACUGAAGGGCAGGCCAUGCUGUAUUGGAACUAAAGGAAGAUGUGAAAUUACCACUUGGGAGUACUGCCAAUUCAUGCGUGGAUAUUUCCAUGAGGAGGCUACACUCUGUUCACAGGUCCACUGCCUGGAUGAUGUGUGUGGGUUGCUGCCAUUCCUGAACCCCAGUGUCCCAGAUCAGUUCUAUAGACUGUGGCUCUCCCUUUUUCUUCAUGCUGGUUUACUACAUUGCCUGGUGUCAGUGAUCUUCCAAAUGACUAUACUUAGAGACCUGGAGAAACUAGCAGGCUGGUUACGCAUUUCCAUCAUCUACGUUCUCAGUGGUAUUACAGGAAACCUUGCCAGCGCCCUCUUCCUACCAUACAGAGCAGAGGUUGGUCCAGCAGGAUCUCAGUUCGGUUUGUUAGCCUGUCUUUUUGUGGAGCUGUUCCAGGCCUGGCAGAUGUUGGAAAAGCCAUGGAAGGCUUUCCUGAAGCUAUUAGGCAUUGUUCUCUUCCUUUUCUUCUGUGGCCUUCUGCCCUGGAUUGACAAUAUUGCUCACAUCUUUGGCUUCCUCGGUGGUCUUCUGCUGUCCUUUACUUUCCUUCCGUAUGUCGCGUUUGGCACCUUAGACAAGUACCGCAAACGAGCUCUUAUUUUAUUGUCGUUGCUUGUCUAUGUGGGGUUGGUGUCCUCACUUAUUGUCUGGUUCUACAUUUACCCCAUAAACUGGCAUUGGCUAGAGCAUCUCACCUGCUUGCCCUUUACCAGCAAGUUUUGUGAACGCUAUGACAUUGAUCAUGUGGUACACUAGCUUUGUUCUUUUGUAGACUAAAACUAUCUUCAAGGACUGCAAGGGAAAGGAAGCUGAAUCCCAA